AUGCCGCCCAGAUCUGGACGACCUCGAAAUGAUCCGGCAGACGACGACAGUGAGACUCCGGAAGAAGUCUUGCCGCCAUUCUUCAACACCACCUUCUCCACGCACCGCGUCUCUCCAUUGUACGUGGGACGACAGGAGCUAACGUCAUCACGACUAGAGCAGCUGGCUCAUCGCCUUCGGGACACUCUAGCAGGGGACGUUGUACGCGGCAUUCAAAUUGGUCUCGAGUCGACAGAUACGCCAGCUGGGCAAGUUGGUUCGCUCAGGUCGGUCAAUAUUCGCUGGUUUCACGCCCAAAGAUUACUGGAUCGUGACCUCUUCUUCACGGAACAAGACGGAGGCUCUGGACUCACCGAUACCGUGAUGCGUCAGUGGAACCGACUACAGGAGACACACAAAAGGGGCCUCUGGAUUGAAAUACGACACGAGAAUGCGGCUUACGUCGCGCUGCUACUGCCAGGACACCCAAGCACCGUGAAGGACAGAAAAUCAGCAACGCAUGGCUUCACCAUGCAGCCUGAUGGCAACGCUCCCGAUUCGAGAAUCAACCAGGAUCAAUUCAUACAUCUACCACUACUCCUAUUAAGGAUGCCACAAGCGCUUAAAGGCGUGAUUGGCGAUUGGAUAUCAACUACAUUUGACUGCCGAGUAAGCAAAUUAAACCUGGGAACACGGACGCUUGUCGCAGUCUGGGAAGACUGGAUCAAGACGGCAGGGUUGCCGGGGAAGGGCCCAGACUUUACCAUUUCGCUAGCAUUCAAUGCGCCGAUGGCCAAAAAAGACAACGACGGCAUGUCGACGGAUCCUGGCCUUCGCGGCAUGGACGUUACCAUCGCGCCGCAGGAUCUACGUCGCUUCUUUCGCCGCGGCGAGUACUCGGAUGAACUAUUCAGAAGCAGCAGCUCGGGCCCUUGGGAGAACGACGCCAGGGAGCGUCGACGGCUGGCAGGUGGAAAUGCAGAUGACGGUUGGGGCUGGCGUACGGGCCAGGAACCAGAUGAGCAUCCAUUCACCGAGGCACUCGCCCGUUAUCUGGACCAUCACCUGGCGCUCAACAUGUUUCAUCCCAGUGUACGGGUUGUGCAGAUUUCAUGCGGCGGGUUCAUGCUUGCACAAUCCCGCUUAAAGAUUGUCAAGGUCGGUUCUGUGUCCGACGAGCUCGCCCGAGCGGCAUGGGUUUUUGUUACACGGCUUGGCGAACGACUUCGUGGAGAGCGUCUGGUUGAUCUCAGCUUAUGA